CUUUCAUUCCUCUUCUCUCUCAGCUCUCACCUCAUCUCCGCUCUCUUAUUAUAUUUUCUCCAUUUCUCUGAAUUGCACUGAUCAAUUGAAGCAGCCAUGGACAUUGAGCAAACUGAAGCUCCCCCUUCUUCUAUGGCAGCCGAAGACCAAUCUGCAGCCAAAUCUUCUGCAAAUUUCGUUGAGUCUGAGGAUGGGAAACUGAGACUCUUGGAUUCUUACACCAGAGAUGGAUCAACAGAUAGGCAUGGAAAACCCGCGCUGAAGAGGAAAACUGGAGGAUGGAAAUCGGGAAUACUGCUGUUAGUGAGUGAAGGAUUGGCCGCGCUUGCCUUCACCGGUGUGGAAGUAAACAUGGUCCUCUUCUCCAAGUCCGUCAUGAGAAAAUCAAACGCGGAUGCUGCAAACUUGUUCAGCAGGUGGAUGGGAACACUUUACAUUUUCGCGCUCUUUGGGGCUUUCCUCAGCGACUCCUACAUGGGAAGAUAUCUCACCUGCAUCAUCUUCCUCGCUGUCAUGAACUUUGGAUUGGUGGCGCUGUCGCUGUUAACUCACAUGUUCAUGCUUGAGCCCGAGGGGUGUGGGAGGAUAGGAGAAGUGUGCAAUUCACAGUCAAGGAUUGAAGUUGCAAUGUACUAUGUAUCUAUAUAUUUACUAGCUAUAGGGAGUGGGUCGAUAGAACCUGUACUGGCAACGUUAGGAGCGGAUCAAUUCGAUGAAGAAGAUCCCGAGGAGAGCAAAUCGAAGACGAAAUUCUUCAGCUACUUUUAUGUUGCACUGAACCUUGGAUCCCUGGUUGCAGAGACAGUCUUGGUGUAUAUUGAGAAUCUCGGGAAAUGGGUACUCGCGUUUUGGAUAUCUACCUCGUGUGGCUUCGUCUCGUUGAGCUUGCUGAUAGCUGGGGCGUAUAGAUACCGCCAUAUUCGGCCUUUCAACAACCCGGUUUGCAGAUUCUGUCAGGUGAUUGUGGCUUCCCUGAGAAAAUUGAAGCUUCAAGUCCCCUUACAUGGAGAAGGAUUGUAUGAAGUUCAUGGAAGAGCAGAGAAAUGCAACAGAAGAAUCUCACAUACAGAUGGUUUCGAGUUCCUUGAUCGAGCUGCUAUCAUGGUCUCAUCCGACAUGACAUUGUUGCCCGACAAAACCCGAGUCCCAAAUCCCUGGAGAUUAUGCACCGUCACUCAAGUCGAAGAAGUCAAGUGUGUUCUGAGGCUUCUCCCAAUAUGGGUUUGCACCAUAUUAGCAUCCAUAAUGUUUGUGCAGGUGCUUUCGCUCUUCGUCGAGCAAGGGGCCGCCAUGAACACCAAGAUCGCCGACUUUGACAUGCCGCCCGCCAGCAUGACCUCGUUCGACAUCAUAAGCACAUCCACCUUCAUCAUCUGCUACGAGAACAUCAUACUUCCCGUGUACAUCAAGCUGAUGAAGAGGAAACCGAAGCCUCCCAGCGAGCUGCAGAGGAUAGGGAUCGGGCUCGUGAUCUCGAUAGUCGCCAUGGUGAUAGCGGGCCUCGUCGAGCAACACAGACAGCAAUAUGCAAACAGGAAAGAAGAAACAAGCUCUCUCAGCAUUUUCUGGCAAACACCUCAGUAUGUGCUAGUAGGAGUAGCAGAAGCAUUUAUAUAUGUAGCUCAGUGGGAAUUUUUCGCAUCACAAAUACCUGACAGUCUGAAAAGCAUGGGCCUCGGUUUAUCCAUGUCCUCGUCGGCCUUGGGCAGUUACCUCUGCAGCAUUAUACUCAGCGUUGUGAUGAAGAUCACAACGAAGCAUGGGAAGCCAGGCUGGGUCCCACCAAAUUUGAACGACGGCCACUUGGACAGAUUUUUCUUCCUCUCUGCCGCCAUAGUCGCAGUCGAUCUCGUGCUGUUCAUUCUCUGCGCAAAAAGGUAUAAAGCCAUAGUGCUAGAAAAACGAGAGGAGAUAGACGCGGAGGGAACGCCUUUGAGUUGAAGCUAAGCAUUGUAAUUCAUCAUUCCCCAUGGGGCAAAAACAUACAAAAUCCAAAUGUAGCAUGAAAACAUUGAAACUGACAGGAGCUAUUUUGAGAAUUAAAAGGCAUUACUUGACUAAAUA